CUCAGCAUGUGAAACUUCACACAUGACAUAACCCAGAGAGAAAGUUCCUUCUUUCCUACUUUGAUCUUUGUACAGCCACCCUCGUGCUUGUUUUCUCAACCCUUAUCAAUCCCAAUCCUUCCGUCGAUGGCAUGAAAGUUUAGGACAGUCGGCCAUUGAGCUUUCGGAGUCGGGCAGUAGUCCAUGUAGUGAGUGCAUCACGAUAUGGAUCGAGUUCGCAAGGCAUGGGCUGAAGGUGUUUCCAUUUUCACUACUGCUAGGCUGAUGAGGUACCUUUCUUUGUAUUGAGCUCAUUGUCUAUUGUUCCCACUAUACAUCAACACAUUGCUACUCCAACACUGGCCAAAAACCACAUUCCAUCAGUUAGGUGUAGGACUUGCUGGCCGGAAUGUUCGGGGAAAUUCUCUUCCAGCGCUGGCUUCUUCUGCUUCUACUCUGCCUCGCGACUCUCAGUCCGGUUGCACUUUCUCAAUCGGACGAGAUCCAAAUCCUCUUUGAUUUCAAAUCAGCCCUCCGAGGAUCAUCAGAGAGUAAUGCUUUCAUUUCAUGGACCAACCAAAAUCCAAAAUGCAACUUUACCGGAAUACUCUGCAAUUCCAAUGGCCUAGUCACCGAAAUAAACCUCUCGCAGCAGAACUUGUCAGGCACAGUCCCUUUCGACUCGAUAUGUGCGCUCGGGUCGCUUGAAAAGCUCGACCUCGGGACGAACUCUCUGAGCGGGACCAUCAGCGAUGACGUGAAGAACUGCACGAGGCUGAAGUACUUCGACUUGGGUUGUAAUUCAUUUUCCCAGAAGGUGCCAAGCUUGUCGGCCUUGGGAGACUUGGAGUUCCUGAAUCUGAACAACAGCGGUUUUUCCGGGAUUUUCCCAUGGAAGUCACUGGAAAAUCUAACAAGUCUCGCUUUCCUGAGCCUGGGUGAUAAUCCAUUUGAUGAGAGUCCAUUUCCAAGAGAGGUUUCGAGGCUGGAUAAGUUGUAUUGGCUUUACCUGACAAACUGCAGCCUCAGUGGUAACAUUCCUGACGAAAUCGGAAACUUAACGAGGCUUCAGAAUCUCGAACUCUCCGACAAUCUGCUGCACGGCCCCAUUCCUGAGGGUAUCGGACGCCUGAGAAAUCUCUGGCAACUCGAGCUUUACAACAACUCGCUCACAGGUGCACUCCCAUCUGGCUUGCGUAACUUGACGGAGCUUGUGAACUUCGACGUGUCCCAGAAUGAGCUCGAGGGUGACCUCUCUCAAGUCCGGUUCUUGACACAGCUUGCCUCAUUGCAGCUUUUCGAGAACCGGUUCUCGGGGGAGAUUCCUGAAGAAAUCGGGGAGUUCAGGAACCUCGUGGAUCUCUCUCUCUACACGAACAAUCUGACUGGUCCUCUUCCUCAGAGGCUUGGCUCGUGGGCAGAUUUUAACUAUGUCGAUGUCUCGGACAACUUCCUAACAGGCCCCAUCCCACCUGAUAUAUGCAGGAAUGGUAAGAUGACUGACCUUCUUAUGUUGAACAACAAACUCACUGGGACCAUCCCGUCAACCUACGCGAAUUGCUCGUCCUUGGUGAGGUUGAGAUUGAGCAACAACUUGCUCUCAGGUACCAUUCCUGCAGGAAUAUGGGGCUUACCGAAUCUCAUCAUAAUUGAUGUCACAGAAAAUAAGUUUGCAGGCCCGAUAACUUCCGAUAUUGAGAGGGCAAAGUCUCUGGCCCAAUUAUUUAUUGCAAAGAACAAGUUCUCAGGAGAAAUUCCAGAGGAAAUCUCGGAGGCGAGAUCACUAGUCUCGAUCCAGCUGAGCUUUAACGAGAUCAACAGCAGAGUCCCAUCAACAAUCGGAAAAUUGAAGAGACUCGGAAGUCUUUAUUUGAAUGGAAAUUCGCUUUCAGGAAGCCUACCCAGCUCGAUCGGCGACUGCAUAUCUCUCACAGACUUAAACCUUUCAAACAACUCACUCUCAGGAGAAAUUCCAGACUCCAUUGGAUCUUUACGUAUGCUUAAUUCCUUGAAUCUCUCUGAUAACAAAUUUUCCGGCAGAAUUCCAGAAAGUCUGUCUUCUCCAAGACUGAGCCUUCUUGACCUCUCGAACAACCAGCUAACUGGAAGCAUUCCCGACUCCCUUACUAUACAAGCCUACGAUGGAAGCUUCAACGGAAACGGAGGUCUGUGCAGUCAAAAGUUCAAACAAUUCCAACUUUGUACAUCAAGCUCAAAGGCUUCGGGACAUCGUGUGACAGUCUUAUCUUCCUUUAUCGCGGGAGCAGUUUGUUUACUACUUUUAGUCGGAUGUUUCCUGUUCGUGAAAUUGAAGCCUAGCUGCCUCGAUAAACCUCCAUCAAAACCAAAAGUUUCUUGGAGCAUGAAGCCGUACCAUGUAUUAAGCUUCACGGAAGGGGAAAUCAUCAAUGCAAUCAAGACUGAGAAUUUGAUUGGUAAAGGAGGGUCAGGAAACGUUUACAAGGUAGUACUAAGAAACGGUGAAGAACUUGCUGUCAAACAUGUUUUUAUGACGUUGGAUUCACGGGAAAGUUUCCGGAGCAGCUCCUCUAUGCUUAUGAAGAGGCACACAGGAUCCCGACAAUACGAGUCCGAGGUUUCUGCCUUGAGCUCGAUUAGGCAUGUGAACGUGGUGAAGUUGUACUGCAGCAUAUCGAGCGAAGACAGUAAUUUUCUUGUCUAUGAGUACCUGCCUAAUGGAAGUCUGUGGGACCGGCUCCAUGAGUGCCAGAAGACUCAGAUGGACUGGAUAGUAAGGUAUGAGAUUGCACUUGGUGCUGCGAGGGGAUUGGAGUACCUUCACCACGGGUGUGAGAGAACGAUGCUACACAGAGACGUGAAGUCAAGCAAUAUUUUGCUUGAUUCUGAGUGGAAACCAAAGAUUGCUGACUUCGGGCUGGCAAAAGUCAUGGAGGCUGGCAGUGGAGAUAACUGGACACGAGCCAUUGCCGGGACUCAUGGGUAUAUAGCUCCAGAGUACGCAUUCACGUGCAAGAUAAACGAGAAGAGUGAUGUAUACAGUUUUGGGGUUGUCCUGAUGGAACUGAUCACUGGAAGAAGGCCGAGGGAGCCAGAAUUCGGAGAUGAUGAGGGCAUCAUUUCCUGGGUUUGCAGCAAGAUGAAGAGCGACGAAUGCAUGGUCGACCCAAAGAUUGACAAUGCUUUCAAGGAAGAUGCUGAGAAAGUCCUCAGGAUCGCCCUUCACUGCACAGCAAAGUUUCCUGCCUUGAGGCCUUCGAUGCGGAUGGUAGUUCAGAUGCUUGAAGAGGCCGAACCAUGUAAGCUUAGUAGCAUAGCUGUCAAUUAAGCACGCAGACAGUACUGGAGAAUGGCCAAUCUGAUCUAUUUGAGAUAAACCCACGAAGACAUGAAACGAAAUGCAGCGACAUAUAAGUGUGUUCUGUUGGUACUUUUUUGAGUUUGUCGAGAAGGCAAUGUAAUUGUUAGCAGUGCCUAGAGGCAAGCUCCGAAGGAGAGCUUGCGUCGUCCAUAGGUAUCAAACAGUUGGGGGAGCUUUCUUAUCCGAUAGCUGCAGUAUAUAAUCUACAGAAUUUUGAAGGGAUGAGAUUAUACAUACCCCCUUCCAUGAUCUCUUUUCCAUACCUUUGAAUGAGAUGGGUUCCGUAUAAAGCAAGUUUAGAUUCUGAUA